GUCUGUUUGUCCUCCCGCGGCACAUCAACCAAUGCACACACAAAGAGUCGGUCACCACUAGGAGAUCAGAUACACGCACUUACACGCACCACACCAUGCCGCGAAUGAACCUGGAUGAUUAUCGGUUUCCCUUCGAAGCAACGCGUACUUUGCCGGCGAUGGGUGUCAGGCCGGUUCCCCGCACACAAUUCAAACACACGUGCCUCACCCCCACAUAGUUAGCUUGUUGGCCAGACCGUCAGUCGGUGCACAAUUAAGAUCAAUAUCAGCCCUUGCGCCCAUCGACUACAUCAUCCACAUCGGUCAACCAACAAGUCAGUCUCUCGGUCAACAGAAGUCAGCCCAUUAUUCAUUCAUUCACAUGCGUGUCAUGUAUGUCUGUCAUCCGUUGUCUGAGAGCCUCUCCAUCCGUCCACUGCAGACCUCUCUCUAUCUCUCUCACAAUCAAUCAUGCAAUCAGCGUGUUGUUGGUCUUGCACUGUGCCGCACACUCGUCUCUGAUUUGUGUGUCGUACUGGUCCUUGUCGUUGGCCGUCGUGCAGCAGUGGCCGCACACGGCCCUCCGGCACGCGGCCUCACUGCUGCGCUGCGACGCCUGGGAACACAUGGCGAACACCUCACCGCGACCACCCACACACGAACUGCACAGAGGGAGAGGGACACACACAUGAGUGGAUGUGUGUGUGUUUGGGUGGGGGCUUGCCAGCGCACCUGAGGAUGCUUUCGAGUGCGGUUUGUGUCUCGUGAGCGUGCUGGUCGUUCUCGUGGCACGCACGGGUGCACUCCACAAGUCCUCCACUCUCAUCACCCCCCACACUGAUACAUACCCCAAACACACACACACACCCGCACAGCCAUGCAAUGCCUUCCCCCGUCAUUGUGUGUGGUGUACUUACUGGUGCUGGCAGCACUUGAAGCAGAAUUGUCCCACAUGAGCGCACUCGCUCAGUGCUGCACUCGGUUGCAGGUCGCGGCACACACGCUGCCGGUCGAGGGCGUGGCUGGCAGACAAACACACAGAGGCCGGGAGGGCGGCGAAGGACAUCGCACUCUCCAUUGCUGUGUGCGGCGGGA